AUGUCUUUGUCCACUAUUCCAACAUUGACGGUAAUGGCUUCAAAACCCUUGAUGAAGGACAAGAGGUCGAGUUUAAUGUUGUGA